GCAAAGUCUUUACGCGCUUCAACUUUUUUCCUACAACUCCCAGCGGCCUUUGCGCAGGGAGCGCGGUUUCUUUUUUCUUGCUAAGCCUCUUGCCGGAUUGGACGAGCCGACUUGGACCGACGGGCCAAUCGCCUGGCAGGGCGGAGUGGGCGUGGCUCGCUCCGCUCCUCUCCCAGCCGCGGUGCCCGUGGCUGUUUGUCUAGGGUCUGGCUCCAGGUCUUUGGCCGCCUCGGGAGUUACCAUGGUGUCUGUCGCCGGCUGGGGGAGCCCGGGACGGGCGCGGCUCGCGCUUUGCCUGGCGGGGCUCGCGCUCUCCGCUUACGCGCUGCACGUGAAGGCGGAACGCGCCCGGAGCCGGGAGUACCGCGCCUACUGCGACGUGGGCGAGUCCAUCAGCUGCUCCCGCGUGUUUUCCUCCCCAUGGAGUAAAGGCUUUGGGCUGGUGGAACCCCUCCUGGGCCCUGACAGCAUCCUGAACCAGUCCAACAAUUUCGGUCUUAUCUUCUAUAGCCAGCAACUCCUUCUGGGCUGCUACAGUGCUCCGUGGGCUUCCUCAGUCUUGAUGGUCAGCUCCGUUCUUUCUCUUUUGGGCUCACUUUACCUAGCCUGGAUCUUGUUUUUUGUGCUGUAUGAUUUGUGCCUGGUUUGUAUCACCACCUAUGCCAUCAAUUUGGGCUUGGCUAUACUCAACUACCAGAAGGCCAUGGGGCCCUUGGAACUACAGGACCGAAAUAAAAAGGGACAAUGACUUCAAUGACCCUAGUGGGGAUCGACAAGCUCUAAUUGAACUCUGAUCUCACCCAGGAGCCCACACCUCCCGCUACUGAAGUUUGGGUCAAGACUGAAGGAUGAUGGCAGGAUCCUUGCUUACAGUUUAGUCUGUGUUUGACUGUGUUCCAUUAACUUUCUGUCCUUGAUCUCUUCCCCUUGAAUCUCUACCAUAUCUCCUCUUGCCUUCCACAUGCAAAGACCUUCCCCAUUCCCCCUUUCCCCACCAAACAGAUGAGCUGCUUCCAAGAUACCUAGGCAGGCCCCUCCAGAUGUCUCUGGAGUCAGUUGCUAAUUCCAUCCUUCCCCCCAGACUACCACCUGUAGGAGAAGCUGGGAUAAAAAUUGCUUAUCUGUUAUGGGGGGGCAGUCUAAUUAAUACUAUUCAAUAAAGAAAAUGAGAAAGACACA